AUGAGACUGGAUCUGGAUCAAGGAGGGCCCGAUCCACAACUUCCUCCCGAAGGAGUGUGUUCUUUGGAAAAGUUGGAUAAAAUUGAUAUGAUAAGCCGUCUAUCCGAGUUUAAAGAAGAGCUUCAGAAGCCAGUAUCAAUUUUUCAGAUCGAAUCCCACUGGACUGACAUAGUAGCUAAAUCCGUAAGCUCGUUUCUUCUUUUUUCUCAUUUUGUUAAAACUAUGAGUUUUUUGAAGAGUGAAUUAAACAAACGACACCAAGAACAACAAGAAGCAAUAUGGGAAUUCGUAACUACAGAACAUCGGUACCUAAAGAUGCUGAAGCAAAUGAGUGAACUCUAUGAUUGCCUCGUUCGAGUACAAGAAAUCGGUUAUUUAAGAGACAUUGAUGCUAGGAGAGUUUUCCUUAAUUAUCCAGAACUUUACAUACAUAACACCAAAUUCUGGAAGAAAGCAGUAAUGCCUAUGCUACAAAAUUCAAGGCAACAUUAA